UUCACUAGUAGAGGUAAGACAUUUCAAUGACGAAAGAAGACAAGAAGAACAACAACUGUGAGAGAGAAAGCCACCAAAAGAAAUACAAAGAGAAACAGCACAGGUGAAGAGCACUUAUGAUCCAAGGACGUGAAGAUACAUGUUAAGAAGAACAAGAAAAGAGACAAACAGAGAUGGUGAAAGACGUCAUAGAGCUCUCAUUUUGGACAUUAGUUGGCACUCACACUGGCUGAUAAAGGACUUUUUAAUCAUGGGAAACUCUAUCUUCCAGACCAUCUGUUACCUGUUUGCAUCUCUCACACUGCUAUUGCUCAGUGUCAGUAGAAACACAAAUGGGUCAGAGAUCAAUUGUAACGCAAGUAUCAAGGUGCCACGACACACGCUGUUCAGAACCCCUGUUAUGACAGUGUUGAAGAUAAACUGUUCUGUUACUAUAUAUGAAUGUAAGAACCCAAGGAUCUUAUGGUGCAAAAUCUAUGGAAAUGAUUGCAAAGCUUUAAAUGACUCAGUUUACAUAAAAUCAGAGUGGAGGAAUACAGCAGUACAUGGUGGGGUUGCAUUCCUGACUUUUAUGAACAUCUCAAUGGAGGAUGAAGGUUUAUACAGAUGCAGAGUUGGCGAGACCUCUGUAAGCCAUAAUAUUAAUGUCACUGUGACAGUAGGGAAUGAGGUUUCACACAAUCAAAGCAAAACAGAUGAUCUGAAUAAAAUUCCUGGUCUGCAGUGGCUAUGGCCAUAUGUUUACAUCUGCAGUGGAAUAGUGGGGCUGGUGGUCAUUGUUAUGACUGUAUCAUUACUUAUUUUCAGAUGCCAAGAAACAAAAUCGGCAAGGAACAAUAAGACAACUAAAAAUCAGUACAUUGGAACACAAAGAACUGGCCAGGCUCCUCCGUCCCAUCCCCAUCACAACACCCAUUCCCCCUCAGCCCAGCUGAACUCUGCUUGUGUCUAUGAAACUCCACCUAUCAAAACAGGAUCAUCAUCUGGAAGAUUCUCAGCCAAUAAGGUAGCAUCAAAAGGGAGCCAUAAUAAUGUCAGCAUAGAAGGAGAAGAGAAUGUCCUUGUAUAUGCUUCUUUGAAUCACCAGGCAAUGCCUAGAGAGCCCAAAAGAACCACACGACAAGAACCGGAACCAUCAGAAUAUGCUGCAAUCCGUUUCCGGUGAUUCAAUGAGUACACAGAUACUUUAAAAAUUAGUACUCAGAUAUGCUCACUCACAUGCUUUUCUGUAUUAAGGAAUCACUAUAAAGGACACUUGAUGAGGAAUCAAAAUCUGAGUGUUUGGACAGCUCUGUUUCUGGGUCAUGUGAUAGAAGCUGGUUGCAAGUUUUACAAUGGUUCAGCAAGCAUUAACAGAGUGUACAGUCUGUAAUUUAUGGCAUUUAAUGCCUUGUUAAAAUAAAAUGAAAUUAAAUGUUAUAAAAUAAAAACUUAAAACAUUUCUUUUAUAAAUAAAAAAAUAUUUUAUAAAUAAAAUAAAAUGUUUUAUAAAAUUAAAUUUGAUAAAAUAAGAUAAAAACAACUUAAUUCUCAAAGAUAUCAAGAAAAAAAAGUCAUAAUGUUUUAAGAUUAAUCGUAAAUUAUGCCUUUUAGGGAGUAUAAAGUCAUAAUGUUUUGAGAAUAAAGAUGUUACAUUACAAAAUUUAUUAGUAAAAAAAAUCAUUUAGUAGUAGUAAAACAUUUGUGUAAUAUUUUGAGAAUAAAGUAGCAUUAUGAGACUAAAGUCGUUAUUAAGGAAAUUAAAUGUAUUCCGGAGAAAGAACCAGAUGGACAUUGAGGACAUUUCCACUUCUGAGCAAUCUAAAAUGGCAACCAGUGGUCGACUCUAAGGGUUAUUGAGUGGUGGUGGCGUAGUGGGAUAAAGCACAUAACUGGUAAUCUGGUUGCUGGUUCAAUCCCCACAGCCAUCACUAUUGUGUCCUUGAGCAAGGACUUAACUCCAGGUUGCUUCAGGGGGAUUGUCCUUGUAAAAAGUGCACUGUAAGUCACUUUGGAUAAAAGUGUCUGCCAAAUGCAUAAAUGUAAUUUUAUCAAUGGUUACAUCUGCAUCUACAUCUGUUCUACUUUGCUGUCCAUCAUCACUUUGAGGUUACUUUCAUUGUGACUUUAUUCUCAUAAUAUUACAGUUUUAAUCUCAUAAUGCUAAUAAUGCUCAUAAUGGGUGUUUGAUGCUGUCCUUCUCUGCAUAUCACCCCCUUCAGCAUAUCGUGGUGCCGUUUUGUGGCCCUCUUCAGCCAGUACCGGUCUGUUCAGCUUAACGCUGCAGCCCGUUUCAGCUUAUCGCCGCCCAUUUGACACCUUUCGGCCCCGUUUCACGGCCGGCCCACCGGGAAAAGUCCCAGUUUGCCCCUGGCUACGACUUAGGCUGUGUUCACACUUGGCAGGUUUGGUUCGAUUAAAACGAACUCUGGUGCGAUUGUUCUGUUAGUGCGGUUUAUUUGAACAAGUGUGAACGCUGCCAUCCGAACCUUGGUGCGCACCAAACAAGCGGACCGAGACCGCCUGAAUGUGGGUCUUGGUCUGCUUCCAAACAAACUCUGGUGCGGUUCGACUGAUAUAUGAACGCAACAUGGACCAAAGACAUCUAAACAGACCAAAUGAAUUUGCCUAAUACUGACCUCAAGCAUACCUGGUUCUUCUCAUCAUACAGUGCAUCUGGAAAGUAUUCACAGCGCUUCACUUUUUCCACAUUUUGUUAUG